AUGAGAGGUCAGAAGGAGGCUAUUUGGUUACAAGGAAUUGAACUUGGUGUGAUUUUUCAGUACAAUAAUUUUACUCUUUCACACGCUUCCGCGCAACACUUCGGAAACAGCGACGUCAGAUUGAAGCCCCAAUUGAAGUUUCAGACUCAGUCUCUUAAACACAAACCCAGGCCUAAACGAGGUGAGUCGAUUAAGCGCGACGUGAUUAACGAAGACGAUAGCGUUGACGAGACUUACAACUCCGUCGACGAUAAGCAGUUCGUGCUGUGGUUCCGUGAGGCUUGGCCUUACUUGUGGGCCCAUCGUGGCGGCACUUUUGUUAUUAUUAUUUCCGGCGAAAUUGUUGCUUCCCCCUUCUUAGACGUCAUUUUAAAGGAUAUUGCGUUUUUGCAUCUCCUGGGGAUCAGAUUUGUUCUUGUUCCAGGAACUCACGUGACGAUCGACAAGCUUUUGGCUGAGAAAGGGCGUGAACCCAAGUAUGUUGGCAGCUAUAGAAUAACAGACUCUGAAUCAUUAGACGCUGCAAUUAAAGCGGCAGGAGGGAUUCGUCUAACCAUAGAAGCAAAACUUUCACCUGGACCUUCCAUAUUUAAUAUUCGUAGACAUGGAGAUACUAGCCGUUUGCAUGAAGUUGGUGUCAGUGUUGCUGGUGGUAACUUCCUUGCAGCCAAGAGAAGAGGAGUUGCAUCGGGUGAAGUAAAGAAAGUAGAUGUUGCUCGCAUGUGUGAGAGGCUUGAUGGUGGUUGUAUAGUGAUACUAAGCAAUCUGGGGUAUUCUAGCUCUGGAGAAGUUUUGAAUUGCAAUGCGUAUGAGGUUGCUACAGCUUGUGCAUUAGCUAUUGGAGCAGAUAAACUUAUUUGCAUUAUAGAUGGCCCAAUUUUGGAUGAGUAUGGACGCCUUAUUAAUUUCCUGCCUCUUCAUGAAGCUGAUAUGCUAAUCCGUCAGCGGGCCGAGCAAAGUGAGAUAGCGACCAAAUAUGUGAAAGCUGUUGUUGAAUAUCUCACUAGCAUUGGACAUACUGAUUCUACUGCAGUUGUCCACUGUUCGCAGAAUGGCAAAGCUCCUAAUAGUACACAUUAUGCAACCUUUCAGAAUGGCAUUGGUUUUGAUAAUGGCACUGGACUAUGGUCUGGAGAACAGGGUUUUGCUAUUGGAGGUCUGGCGCGGCUAAGUAGACUAAAUGGUUACCUUCCAGAGUUGGCUGCUGCAGCUUCUGUCUGCAGAGGUGGUGUACAAAGAGUUCACUUGUUAGAUGGCACAAUUGGCGGGGUUUUAUUGUUGGAACUAUUCAAAAGAGACGGAAUGGGGACAAUGGUGGCCAGUGAUCUAUAUGAAGGGGCUAGGAUGGCUAAGGAAACAGAUGUUGCUGGAAUCAAGCAAAUCUUACAACCUUUAGAAGUGUCUGGUACAUUGGUUCGCAGGAGUGAUGAGGAGCUAGUUAAGAUCCUAGAUUCAUUCAUUGUUAUGGAAAGGGAAGGUCAAAUUAUUGCUUGUGCUGCUCUUUUUCCUUUCUUCAAGGACAAGUGUGGAGAAGUUGCUUGUAUCGCAGUUUCUCCAGAAUGCCGAGGACAAGGGCAGGGAGACAAAUUGCUUGAGUUGCAAUGUGAGAAUUUGUUGGUUUCUGUCUUAUGGAAGCGUAUAAAUGUAUUUGCUGAUUACAUCGAGAAGAAAGCAUCCUCCCUUGGAUUGGACAUGCUUUUCCUGCUGACUACUCGUCCUGCUGAUUGGUUUGAAAGACGAGGCUUCAAAGAAUGUUCCAUUGACAUGAUACCAGACAAAAGGAGGCUAAGGAUUAAUCUAUCCCGUAAAUCCAAGUAUUACAUGAAGAAGUUCCUAGCAGAUCGGAGUGGAAUUAUUGCUGACAAAGCAUUUGAAUGAGCUAAGCAAAGGAUAAAAGUUAAAACUAUGUUGUUUCACUUUUCAAUUUUGUUGAAAUACUCAGGUUUGAUACUCGUACUUGAUGACAUAGAUAUGAAUAUGAUUCUCCAAAUACAUAGAAGAAACAUUGAAAAAUCUGAUCAUAUACGUAUCCAAAAUAACAUAAGAUAAAGUGUCAUGCCCCUUUAGUCAACCCUAACCAGGGAUGACAACUUCAUCCCAUCUGGUUAGCUACAAAACCAUAUACUUAGUAGGGGAGGGUCUGAUUUUCUCUGCAUCAGGUUUUUGUCAUGGUUUGUGGUUUUAUAUAAUUUUGUAUGUUAAAUGUAAUUACUACAGUGCUUCACAAAAUGAUAAAUAAAUUGGCCCCUUCUUUUAUGGUUUAUUUGUAACUCCGAAGAUAGAGUUACAGCCCUAAA